CUGCCUUUAAGAGGCUCACAUUUAAACAAACAUCUUGUGAGUUUGUGAUAUUGUUCUCUGAGUUUCACUCCAAAUUGGAAGUGUUGUAUCGUUUAUUCUGAAGAUGAAGUUUGAAAAUGUGUUGGCAGAGGUGAAUGGCUUUGGGAAAUUUCAAUUAAGGACAAUCCUCUUGACUGUAAUUCCUCGUGUGACUUUGCCUUUUCACUUUCUGCUGAAUAAUUUCAUCGCCGUUAUUCCAUGCCACCACUGCAACAUCAGCUCACUGGAUGAUGGAGGUGUUUUUAGGAAUUUGUCGCAGGCAGAGAGGCUUGUUGUUAGUAUUCCACUCCAGGCAGAUGGGACUCCAAACUCCUGUCAGAUGUUUGCAGAGCCUCAAUAUCAUCUGCUGCUCAACUCAUCCAACAUGACUGACCUACCCACAGUGCCAUGUCAGAAUGGAUGGGUAUACGAUAACAGCACCUUCAAGUCUUCACUGGCCACAGAGUGGGAUCUGGUUUGUGAUAAGAGAAGAGUUAACCGAGCCACGGCCACUAUCUUCUUCGUGGGGGUCAUGCUUGGAGCAGCAGUAUUUGGCUAUCUUAGUGACAGGUUUGGCAGGAAAAUAACACUUCUUGUGUCCUAUGUGACAACCACCUUCUUUGGAUUUGCAAGCGCUUUCUCAAAUAAUUUCGCCAUGUUUGCCGUCAUGAGGUUCUUUACUGGAUUUGGACUUUCUGGAAUAAGCAUUAUCACCAUAGUGCUUAGUAUUGAAUGGGUGGAUAUCAAGCAUCGAACUGCAGUAGGUGUUUUAACAAGCAUGGACUGGAGUGUUUGUACUGUUCUGCUACCUGUUGUGGCCUAUUUUGUGAAUGACUGGAGGUACCUCACAGCCACAGCUACCACCCCGCUGUUUCUGGCAAUGAUCUGCUGGUGGUGGCUACCUGAGUCUGCCAGAUGGCUGAUAAGUAAUGGAAAGGUCAACAGUGCUCAUUUCUACUUGAGCAAGUGUGCAAAAGUCAACGGCAGAGAGCAGUCCAUGGCUGACAUAAAGCCUGAGACUCUGUCCAAAGUAAUACUUAUAGAAAAUGAAAACAGAAAAUAUUCCUAUUUGGACCUUGUGAGGACCCCCAAAAUGAGGAGACUGGCUCUACUUACUGGAAUUGUUUGGUUUGGAGUGGCCUGUACGUAUUACGGAAUCAGCUUGAAUGUCAGUGGAUUUGGUGUGAACAUUUAUCUCACACAGUUCAUCUACGGCGCAAUUGAACUUCCGGCAAAAGCAUUUGUCUUUUUCACUUUGAACAAAAUAGGCCGAAGGUUGUGUCAGACUGGAACACUCGUUAUGACUGGACUGUGUAUAUUCUGCAACAUGUUUGUCCCUCGAGAUAACGCGAUGUUUCAGACAACUGUGGGAGCUUUGGGCAAGAUGUUCGCAGAAGCAUCUUUUACAACUGUAUUUCUGUACACAACAGAGCUUUACCCCACAGUAAUGAGGCAAAAUGGAUUGGGUUACUGCUCCUUCAUGGCCCGUGUAGGCGUGUCUGUUUCCCCUCUGAUCAUGCUUCUUGAAGAAGUGUGGGGCCAUUUACCGAGUACUAUCUUCUCCCUGGUGGCUGUUGCUGCAGGGCUGUCAGCUUCUCUUCUUCCUGAGACACAAAACAUCCGUCUACCAGAGACUAUUGAGGAUGUGGAACACACAAGAAGAAGAUCAAUCUCCACCUCUGACGAGAAAUCUCAACCCUAAAUUUUUUCUUCACUGCAACCAAAAGGCAUUUGGCCUUGAGUUGCAGGGCAUAUCAGUGGUGGUAAUAUGUUUUAAAUAAUAAAAGAAGAAACAAGUGUUUCUUAGAUAACCACAACCUGUAUAACAUUUUUUCAAUAUAAUAUUUCAAUAAAUGUGUGAAAUAUUUUAUAGUACCACUGAUUAAUGAUUGAUUUGUUUUGUACAGUGCGAUUUGUUUUGUUGUUUCGGGUAUUUUUCUCUUACUUCCCAACAAACUGUCAGCUGCUUAUGGUGCAUUCAUUCAAUUGAAAAUAAGAUGUGAGUUAAAAGAUACUUUAUUGUCAUCCAUCUGUGUAAAGUGCAGUAAAGUUCAUAGAGGAACAAAAUUGUGUUUCUCUUGGUCCAUAACAAAAAGAUAAAUGAUGCAACAUUCAUUGAAAGUGAAGCAAACAUUUAGACUACACUUAAGGCACAAACAUGUAGUGCAAUAACAGACAAAUAAAUAUAAGUAGUGUAAGCAUAAAGUGAGGUAGAGCAGUAGUAACAUUAAAAGCAGUUUGUGAAGAUAUUUAUGUAUGCAUGAUUGUACAGUAUGUUGUAAGGUACAAGUAGUCAGACAGUCCAGUAUAGUGAGGUAGGGUAUGACAGGUUCAAGUUUUCAUCCACGUAGUGCUUAGUGGUCACCUAAGUGCCCAUAAAUUCAUCCAUCUUGCCAAGAUAGCAUUCACUGUUUUAUCUGGUAUAUAUCAUUAAUUCAUCCAUGAAUUGCCUAGUGUUGUACUCAUCUAUUCAUGCCUCAUUGCAAUCAUUCAUUUAUUCCUAUCCUCAUUAAUUAUGUGUGUAUCAUUAGUAGGUAAAUAAACAUUUGAUUGAUAAAG